AUGGAGAUUGUGUACGUGUACGUGAAGAAGCGCAGCGAGUUUGGGAAGCAAUGCAACUUCUCUGACCGCCAGGCAGAGCUGAACAUCGACAUCCCGCCCAACCCCGAGCUGGCCGAGCAGUUCGUAGAGCGGAACCCGGUGGACACGGGCAUCCAGUGCUCCACCAGCAUGUCAGAACAUGAGGCCAACACAGAGCGCUUUGAGAUGGAGACCCGGGGGGUUAACCACAUCGAGGGCGGCUGGCCCAAGGAUGUGAACCCCCUGGAGCUGGAGCAGACGAUCCGCUUCCGGAAGAAGGUGGAGAAGGACGAGAACUACAUCAGUGCCAUCAUGCAGCUGGGCUCGAUCAUGGAGCACUGUAUCAAGCAGAAUAAUGCCAUCGACAUCUACCAGGAGUAUUUUGACGAUGAGGACGCGGUGGAGGUGAUGGACGAGGCCCCCUCAGCUAAAACCAUCAAUGUUUUCAGGGACCCCCAGGAAAUUAAGCGGCCAGCCACACAUGUCUCCUGGCAUCCCGAUGGCAACAGGAAGUUGGCAGUGGCGUAUUCUUGCUUGAACUUUCAACGGGCACCCGAAGGCAUGAGCAGCGAAUCGUACAUCUGGGACCUGGAAAACCCCAACAGGCCAGAGAUCACCCUCAAGCCGUCUUCUCCUCUUGUCACCUUGGAGUAUAACCCCAAAGAUUCCCACGUGCUCCUGGCGGGCUGCUACAACGGGCAGAUCGCCUGCUGGGACACGCGGAAGGGCAGCCUCAUGGCAGAGAUGUCCACCAUCGAGUUCAGCCACCGAGACCCCGUGUACGGCACCAUCUGGCUGCAGUCGAAGACGGGCACGGAGUGUUUCUCGGCGUCCACGGACGGGCAGGUGAUGUGGUGGGACGUCCGGAAGUUGAGCGAGCCCACGGAGGUCGUCGUCAUGGACAUCACCAAAAAGCAGCGGCUGGAGCACGCCUUGGGGGCCAUCUCCCUGGAGUUCGAGCCCACUCUGCCGACCAAGUUCAUGGUGGGCACCGAGCAAGGCGUCGUCAUCUCCUGCAACCGCAAGGGCAAGACGCCAGCUGAGAAGAUUGUGUGUACCUUCUCAGGCCACCACGGCCCCAUCUACGCCCUGCAGAGAAACCCAUUCUACCCAAAGAACUUCCUGACCGUCGGCGACUGGACCGCCCGCAUCUGGUCAGAGGACAGCCGGGAGUCGUCCAUCAUGUGGACCAAGUACCACAUGGCUUAUCUCACGGAUGGUGCCUGGAGCCCCGUGAGGCCGGCGGUGUUCUUCACCACCAAGAUGGACGGGACCUUGGACAUCUGGGACUUUGUGUUCAAGCAGUGCGACCCCGCCCUCAGCCUGAAGGUCUGUGAUGAAGCCCUCUUCUGCCUCCGGGUGCAAGACAACGGGUGCUUCAUCGCCUGCGGCUCCCAGCUGGGGACGACCACGCUGCUGGAGGUCUCGAACGGGCUGUGCACCCUCCAGAGAAAUGAGAAGAACACGGCUUCCGCGAUAUUCGAGCGUGAGACGCGGCGGGAGAAGAUCCUGGAGGCCAGGCACCGGGAGAUGCGCCUGAAGGAGAAGGGCAAGGCCGAGGGCCGGGACGACGAGCUGAGGGACGAGCCGCCCGCCUUGAACCUGGAGGAGCUGGUCACCAAGGCCGAGGAGGAGUUCUUCGACAUCAUCUUCACCGAGCUGAAGAGGAAGGAGGCAGAAGCCAUGAAGAAGAAGCCCAAACCUCUGAAACAGCCAAGCCAGGAGACAGAUGAGGAGGUGCAGGGAGAGGAAGAAGCGGAGGAAGAGAGAGGCGACGGGGAAGGGGAGGAAGGAGGCGGUGAAGAGAGCCCAGCGCUGGGAGGUCAGCCCUGA